UGGCCGAAGGUUCCGGGUACGGAGAUAACCUCACCCCCGUGGCUCCGGAACUGAAGCCGGACGGACCCGGGGCGCCGCGCAGCUCACGUGACGCUCAUGUGACGCGCCCGGAAACCGGAUGCGGCGAUGGCUGCGGAGCGGCUGCUGCAGCAGGCGAGGGAGGUGACACCGGCGGAGCUGCGGGCCCUGUGCGCCCGGGUCUCCUCGCUGCUGCGGGAGGCGGCCGACGGCCCCGACGCCCUGGACGGCCUGCGCCGGCUCUUCCUAGUGGUCUCCGCCACCAAGUACCCCCGGACGCUGGAGCCGCCACUGCCCGAGCAGCUGUGGGCCUCCCUGGGCACCGCCCACCCCGAGCCCUUGCGGCUCCUCUGUGCUGCCGUCCUGAGGGAGCUGCCCCCCGCUGGCCCGGCCCGCGACCCCCAGGACGCCUGGCAGCUGAGUCUGGAGGCCUCCGUGCUCCUGGCCCAGGGGGACCGGCGGGGCCAGGUGGACGCCCUGGGCCGCCACGUCUUCUCGCUGCUGGGGGGCCGCCACCCUGAGGGCCCCGGCCUGCGCCGCCUCCUGCCCGUGGUCUGCAGGGCGUCCAGCCUGGCCCCGCGCUGCCUGAAGAAAGACCAGACCGACCUGCUGAGCAAGAGGCUGGCGGACUGGCUGCGCUACGCCAGCGUCCAGCAGGGGGCGGCCGUCUCCUCGGGCGGUUUCUUCACACCCCGGGCCCGGCAGCCCGGGCCUGUCACUGAGCUGGACGGGGUGGUGGCCACGGAGUUCUUCACGGUGCUGUCCACGGGCCAGCGCUUCACCGACGACCAGUGGCUGAACGUCCAGGCUUUCUCCAUGCUGCGGGCUUGGCUGCUGCUCUGUGGCCCCGGGGCCCCCGACGCAGACGACAGGUCGGAGCUGGAGGGCUCGACGCUGUCCGUGCUGUCAGCCUCCGGCAGCCUGCGCACCCCCCGGGAGCGGCUACGGGAGACGGCCUUCGAGUACUGUCGGCGCCUCCUGGAGCAGAGCGGCCGCUGCGCCCUGCGGAAGGCAGAUGUGGAGCUGCAGAAGGCGUGCCUGGCGGAGGCCCUGCUGGUACUGGACGUGCUGUGCGCGCAGGACUCCUCCUUCCUGUACCGCUCCCUCUCCUGCCUCAAGGGGCUGCAAGCCCGGCUUUGCGGGGACCCGGCCUGGGUGCGCACGCUGCUACCCCUUGCCCACUUCCUGCUGAGCCACGGGGAUGCGGCCGCCCUGGACGCGGGGGCGGUGUGCCAGCACCUGCUCCAGUGGGUCCCGGCCGAGCUCUACCACAGCCCCCUGCUGGCCUUCGAGCUGCUCCGCUUCUGCCGGGACCACGCCCGGCUGCUGGGCGCCCCCCUGGCCCUCAACUUCCCCAGCCUCCUCAAGCUCCUGGCCUGGAACAGCCCGCCACUGACGGCUGAGUUCGCAGCUCUGCUGCCGGUACUGGUAGAUGCCAACACGGCCCCCGAGAUGCUCCAGGCACUUCUGGACCUGCCCUGCCUGGCCGCCGCCCUGGAUCUGCAGCUCAGGUCGCAACCCACAGUGUCCGAGCGGCCGCUGUGGGACACCUCCCUCAAGGUGCCCGGCUGCCUGGAUGCCUUCCGGGACCCGCAACUGCACGGCCUCUUCCAGCACCUGCUGCGGACCAGGGCCGGGGGGAGACCCCAGAGGCUGAGCCCACUGUUCCAGCCACUGCAGCCCAUGGCCCGCUGUCCCCGAGUGGUUCAGUGCACCCAGGCCGUGCCUGUCCUGCUGCAGGCCUUCUUCUCGGCCGUGAUGCCGCUCGCCAAUGGCACCCUGGCCCGUGAGCUGGCGCAACUGCUGCUGGAGCGGAGCGACAGCCUGUUCCAAGUCCCUCAUUACCCGGCCGCCGUGCACAGGGUGCUGGGCCAGCAGCUCCUGGCGCUGUGCCGCGUGCAACCACCACUAGUGGCAGAACUGGAGAAAGACCUGUUGUGCUUCCUGGGUGGCCGCGGUGCCCUGCUUCCCUGUGUGGUGUGGGCCGUGGGUGAGUUCCUGUCAGUGUCCUGGACCCGGCGCUGCACAGCAGAGCUCAUCAGCCGCUUCUUUGAGGCCCUGGAGGCCCUGCUGUUCGAGGUAACCCAGGCCCGGCCCCCUGCCGCCUCCUGGUGCCCCCCAGAGCUCGUCACAGCACUCAUGACCGCCCUUGCCAAGCUGGCCUCGAGGAGCCAGGACCUCAUUCCCAGGGUCUCCCUGUCCCUGUCAAAGAUGAGGAGCCUGGCCCUCAGCGGGGUGGCCGGCAUGGAGGAGGCGGCAAUCGGCAGUAGGGCCACAGAGCUGCUGCAGCUGCUCAAGAUGCCCGGCGCUGCCCAGCUGGUGCUCACACCCAGCCCCCAGGCUGCCCACCUGCGCUACCACCGCGACACCAACACGGCCCUGCCCCUGGCCCUGCACACCGUGCGGCGGCUGCUGGACAGGGAGGCUGGUCUGGUGCCCGGGUGACAUGGACACGGGGUGGGGGGGGGUGCCCAGCAAUGGAAACAAUGAAAAUUCUGCACUCCAGAAUCAGCGUUUGCUUCCUGUCUC